CCAGAGCUGGGGUGUCAGUGGUGGUGGGGGCAGGGGGGGAUUUGGAAAGUAUCUGAUAGAGGCUGUGCUGCAACAGGACUUCACUUCCUCCGGAGCCCCGGGCUGUGCUGGGAGACCGGCAGACCGCAGCCUGCCCAGAGAGCAUCCCCGCCCCCCAAAGUGACCAGCCGCCCCGAGACCUCCAGACCCUUCCGGCCCAACAUCCGCAGUGGAGGAGCAGGAACCCUGCCCUGUGCUCUCUGACCAUGGGACUGCUCAACUGAUCUGUGGAAUUUGGGGGGCUCAUCUGUCUGUGGGCCCAGAAUGGGCUGUGUGCAGUGCAAGAAGAACUCAGAGGUGGGCAGCAAAGGCGAGGCUACAGGAAGCAGCGAUGGCACCGGCGGCUUGGCGUUCAGAGAUCGCUACGGCCCCGACCCUACCCAGACCCAAGCUCCCGUCAACACCACCCGCAUCCCAGACUACAAUAACUUCACCCCAAGCCCGGUCACUUCCACUUUCAUGAGCACCAGCGGGCUACGGCCAGGAGCCAUCCCAGGCGGUGCCACCCUGUUCAUCGCGCUCUAUGACUACGAGGCUCGGACCAGUGAGGACCUCUCCUUCAGCAAGGGCGAGAAAUUCCACAUCCUCAACAGCUCCGAAGGCGAUUGGUGGGAAGCGAGGUCUCUGAGCUCCGGGUUCAGCGGCUACAUCCCCAGCAACUAUGUGGCCCCCAUGGACUCGAUCCAGGCGGAAGAGUGGUACUUUGGGAAGAUUGGGCGGAAGGAUGCCGAGCGUUUGCUGCUGAGCAAAGGAAACCCCCAGGGAGCCUUCCUCAUCCGGGAGAGCGAGACCACCCUAGGUGCUUAUUCCCUCUCCAUCCGGGACCGGGAUGACGUCAAGGGUGACCACGUCAAACAUUACAAGAUCCGCAAAUUGGACAGCGGCGGCUAUUACAUCACCACCCGCACCCAAUUUGACACCGUGAGGGAGUUGGUGCAGCACUACAUUGAAGUCAAUGAUGGUCUGUGCCACCUGCUGACCAAGGUCUGUGUGAACAUGAGGCCACAGACCCUGGGCCUGGCCAAGGACGCCUGGGAGAUCGCCCGUGAAUCCAUCAGCCUGGACCGCAAGCUUGGCAUGGGCUGCUUUGGGGAUGUGUGGAUGGGAACGUGGAAUGGCAGCACCUUGGUGGCGGUGAAGACUCUGAAGCCGGGCACCAUGAGCCCGGAAGCCUUCCUGGAGGAGGCUCAGAUUAUGAAGCGGCUGCGACACGACAAGCUGGUACAGCUGUACGCGGUGGUGUCCGACGAGCCCAUCUACAUCGUCACCGAGUACAUGAGCCAAGGGAGCCUACUGGAUUUCCUCAAGGAUGGUGAGGGCCAGCGCCUGAGACUGCCCCAGCUGGUGGACAUGGCAGCCCAGAUUGCGGCGGGCAUGGCGUAUAUCGAGCGCAUGAACUACAUCCACCGGGAUCUGCGAGCCGCCAACAUCUUGGUGUCAGACGCCCUUGUCUGCAAGAUUGCCGACUUUGGGCUGGCACGUCUCAUUGAGGACAAUGAGUACAACGCCCGACAAGGGGCCAAGUUCCCCAUCAAGUGGACAGCGCCCGAGGCCGCGCUGUUUGGACGAUUCUCCAUCAAAUCGGACGUCUGGUCCUUUGGGAUCCUGCUGACUGAGCUGAUCAGCAAAGGCCGGGUGCCUUAUCCAGGGAUGAACAACAGGGAGGUGUUAGAGCAGGUGGAACGGGGCUACCGCAUGCCCUGCCCCCCGGGCUGCCCGCCCUCGCUGUAUGAAGUGAUGGAGCAGACCUGGCGGGCCGACCCUGAGGAGCGGCCCACCUUCGAGUACCUGCAGGCAUUCCUGGAGGACUACUUUACUGCCACGGAGCCCCAGUACCAACCUGGAGAUGCCCCCUGACCCCCGACCCGCUGCGUAAAGUCAUCCCCACGGGGUCAGGGGAGCGGGACUCCCCGCCAGACUGCACCUCUGCCUGUCCCCUGCUAGGCCCCAGACACCAGCUACGUGGCUGGGGUGGGGGUUUGGGGCUGGGGGGCACCAGUCUGAUCUGCCCCCUGGAUCAGUCUCCAAGUGGCCAAGCUAGAAGCCCCGGCUUGACCGAUGAGUACAUUGCCCAGGAUCCUGGGCCAGCCUCUCCUGCCCCUUCCCGUGCCCUGCCUCUGUUCUGCCCAAGCCUCUUCCUGCCUCGGCUCUGAUCAGCUGCCCCCUCCCCAGCCUUUUUGCCUUGUUAUUUAUAAAGUUGUGUUUCCCUGCUCUCCUCCGACCUUCCCUGUCCCCCUCCACCACCCUUCCCUGCCCACAGCUGCCCUCUCCCACCCUCCCCUCCCCCUCCGUUGCCCUCUUCCAUCAUCCCUUGACCCGUCCGCCCUCCUCCUUGGGAUGUGGGGACUGGGAUUGGGGCCCUGGUUCCGAAUCUGUUGGCACUUUCUCUGGGAUAGGAGGCAGGGAGGUCUGGGCCUUGGGGCCCCUCCCCAACCUGGUGAGGGCACUGCCCCUCCCAUUCCUGGGGUCCAGCUCAGCUGGCCACUGCCUCAGUGCCCCCAGAGACCACCAGGCCGGGGUUCAGGACAGAGAGCUGGGGGGCCAGGCCAAUACUCCUCUUCCUCUUCCUCCUCCCCCCGACCCCUUCACUUCGCACUCCCUAAGGAGCAUCCCCGCCCCUCGCUCCAUCUGCUGUAGGGGUGGCCCAGCCCCAGUUGCCCUGCCACGGCCGGCCCGGUGCCCGGGCUCCUGGGUCCCAGCCCGAUGGAACGUGCCCCAGCUCUGCCUCGUUUCA